ACCUCACCCCUCAAAAUCCCCUCCAACCCCACCAAACAAUUACUUACACGGACAACAUCAUCCUUAAACACCUCCUGAUCUCCAUAACAUCUUCCUCUUUUGCUCCAUUGCUAAAGAGAACAUGGGUGGAAUCACAAAGUUCGUGUUCGGCCUUUCUCUAAUAUCGGUCGUGUCACUUGUGAUAACAAAGUUCGCAUUGCAUCAGUUAUUCAGACAUUACAUGUUAUCAAAUCCGGGCAUUGUCUCAGCUUCGAAGGCGGUUCUCCCUUUAAUAGUCCCCCUUGUAUUGUACUUUAUUUACUCCACUCUGGCCCGCCGUGCUACAUACCUCCCUCCGGGGCCGAUAGCCAUCCCGGUGUUCGGGAACUGGCUCCAGGUCGGGAAUGACCUGAACCACCGGCUCCUCGCCUCCAUGUGCAAGAAGUACGGCCACGUCUUCCUCCUGAAGCUCGGGGUCAGGAACCUGGUCGUGGUGUCGGACCCCGAGCUCACCACCCAGGUCCUCCACACCCAGGGCGUGGAGUUCGGGUCCCGCCCCAGGAACGUCGUGUUCGACAUCUUCACGGGCAACGGGCAGGACAUGGUGUUCACGGUGUACGGCGACCACUGGAGGAAGAUGAGACGGAUCAUGACCCUCCCGUUCUUCACCAACAAGGUCGUGCAGACGUACAGCGACACGUGGGAAGAGGAAAUGGACCUUGUUGUGUCGGACCUGAAGAAGGACGAGUCCGUUUGGACUAGGGGGAUUGUCGUCCGGAGGCGCCUCCAGCUUAUGCUCUACAAUAUCAUGUACCGGAUGAUGUUCGACGCCAAGUUUGAGUCCACGGAGGAUCCGUUGUUCAUCGAGGCCACCAAGUUCAACUCGGAGAGGAGCCGCUUGGCGCAGAGCUUCGAUUACAACUACGGCGAUUUCAUCCCUCUGCUCAGGCCAUUCUUGAGAGGGUACUUGAACAAGUGCAGGGACUUACAGAGCAGAAGGCUUGCCUUCUUCAAUGAUAAUUACGUUGAGAAGAGAAGGAAAUUAAUGGCUGCAAAUGGAGACAAGCACCAGAUAAGCUGUGCGAUGGACCACGUCCUCGACGCUCAGAGAAGAGGAGAGAUCAACGAAGCGAAUGUGAUCUACAUUGUCGAGAACAUCAACGUCGCGGCGAUAGAGACGACCCUGUGGUCGAUGGAGUGGGCCAUAGCUGAGUUGGUGAACCAUCCCAGAGUUCAGCACAAUAUCCGUGAGGAACUCAAGACCGUGCUUAAGGGGGAACCUAUCACGGAAUCGAACCUCCAUGAGCUGCCUUAUUUACAGGCUACGGUGAAAGAGACCCUCAGACUGCAUACACCGAUACCAUUGUUGGUGCCGCACAUGAACCUCCAGGAGCAGAAGUUGGGCGGGUAUACGAUCCCGAGGGAGUCCAAGGUGGUGGUGAACGCAUGGUGGCUGGCUAACAAUCCGGAGUGGUGGAAGAACCCAGAGGCGUUCAGGCCCGAGAGGUUCCUGGAAGAGGAGAGGGCCACCGAUGCAGCUGUGGCAGGCGGGAAGGUGGACUUCAGGUUCCUGCCAUUCGGGAUGGGGAGGAGGAGCUGCCCGGGGAUCAUCCUGGCUCUCCCGAUCCUGGGACUCACCAUCGCGAAGCUGGUGACAGAUUUUGAGAUGAAGACCCCGCCGGGGACCAAAAAAAUCGAUGUGAGCGAGAAAGGGGGCCAGUUCAGCUUGCACAUAGCUAAGCAUUCCACGGUCGUGUUCGAGCCGAUGAAGGCAUGAUGGCUUCGUUCACACGUUUGUUUGUGCUUCUUCGUCCCCCUUCCCUUACUCUUUGAACAUAUAGAGCAAAACAUGAAAACAGCUCUACCUGUAAUUCUGGCUUUUCAGCAUGAUUGCUUCAUCAGUUUCGGGUUUAACACUCGCACGGUUUUUUUCGACCUAGUAAUGCAACAAGUAAUCAUCCAAGAAA